AUGCCAACAAUUAGCAAGAAAGGCGGUAGCGCGACGCUUGCCCGGAGCUCGAAGGCCACCACCGGCAAGAGGACAACAGCAGUGGCGACGAAGAAGAAGAAGAAGAAGAAGCGAAGGGCUGGCGCCGCCGUUUCAGUAGGGCAUCCUUCGGUGGUCGUGGCGAGCAGCUGGACGAAGAGGGCGGAGCAAUUCGAGGAGAAUCGCGCGAGAGACUUGCGGUACUCGGCCCCUGCACCCCCGGUUGAAGCAACAACGCGAGAUGAUGUUGCUUCGAGAUCAGUCGCGACGGCAACGGCCUCGUUCGCCGGCCCUGCGGCACCCGCAUCCAUGAACAGGAGGCCUCGGCGUCCGUGGGAGUGGACGCCGCAGGACUGCAAGGCGGUAGCACAGCGGGCGAUGGCUGGUGCUGCUGGUGCUGGUGGCGGCGAUGUGGGCGGGGUGAGGGUGCUGAUGGCCGCGGAUCCGGUGGUACUCUUCGACAGCGACGACGAUGACGAGGGUUGUGAGGGUUGUGAAGACGAUGCACAAGAGGAGGGGGACCAGGCUACCAGUUGGACAAGUGACAGCAGCAGCAGCGGGGAUGCCUGGCCUUCGCACGGUAGGGCUACGACCACAGAAGCAUCCGCGGUUAGCCUUGACGGUGGGCGCGGCGGCGGAACUUGGACCGGUACCGGUGGGCCCCCCCAUCCCGCCGCCGCCGCCGCCGCCGCCGCCGCCGGUACUCUCUCCACGAUACCAGGGAAGAAACGCAGGGGGAGCAGGCAAGACCUCGGUAGCGGCAAGACUACGGCAGACGACGGCGACGGCACCAACACCGCCACCGUCAUCCCCGACGACGACUCCAAAUCCUGCCAAGAGGACGACGAGGCCGAAGCUCCGAGCAGCUUGACCAGCCCCACCGGUAGCAAGCAGCAGCAGCAGCAGCAGCAGCAGCAGCGGGGAAAGAGGGCGGGUUCUGGUCGACGAGCAAAAGGUGGCGUGACUAGGACCAGCGCUUCGUCGAGACGCGGCGGCGGCGGCGGCAGCAGCAGCAGCAGCAGCAGCCACCGCCGCUCGCGCACCGCCUCGUCUGUCGCCGUCACGGCCGUGGACGACGACGAGCGCAAGGCGAGGGAGCUCAGCGUGGCGCUGAACCGGAACACCCCUAGGAGAAGACUGGCUGUGGCGAAGCAGGAGCCGGGCGCGGUUCUGCCGGGCAACCCUGGCUCUGAUGCGUUCGCCCGAUGGGGGGGGGGGGGCCCCGCGGCUGGCGGAGAACACGGGAGGGGGGGCGAUGCGGCGGGAUUGCCGGCAAGCCACCAAGCGAGCCGCGGGAACGGAAGCAGCAGGCCUUGGCCAGCUCCGACUCCUGGCCGCGUGUCUACCAACGGGAAGCAGGGCCCAGGCGUUUCUGCAGACGGAGUCGCACAGCUACAGCAGCAGCAGCAGCAGCAGCAGUCCGCGACUAGUGGUCGCUGCGGCGCCGCGGGUGGGGGGAACCGGUCGAUGCUAGGAAAGGAGAGCAGCGUCGGCAGGAGCGCUACUCCCGCUUCCGCCAAGAAGCAGAAGAAGAAGAUGGCUACCAGCGGCGGCUCCCGCUCACCUGCUUCUUCCGCCGGGGAGACGCCCGCGUCGGUGACAACAACGGGAGGCACGAAAAGGGGGACAGCAGCGGUGGCGGCCGGGGGCCAUCCUUGGGUGGAGAGCGGUCUCUUCUUCGGGCUGGGCACGACGGCGGAGGUGCUGUGGGACGACGGGAGGUGGUACCGCUGCUGCGUCUCGACGAUUUCCGGCGACGGGCAGUCUGGGGUGCUGGAGUUCUUUCCGUACAAGCGCGCUACUCGCGUCCGGGAAUAUUCCACCCAGUUGGACUUUGAGGAGUGGAUCAGAGACGGCCGCAUCGCCCUGCCAGAGACCAACUUGAAGUGGGACUGAAGACGACGAAUUGAUUGGUCGUCAGCAGCGAGGGGCGGGGCUGGGAGCUGGAAACAUGCCUGGAGAACGAAGAACGGGGGAUUUAGGUUGGCAAGCGCUGCAACCAGAGCGACAAGUAGAGAGCAGGAGCGAGGCUAGAAAUUACCGGGGAAGAGGUCGGAAAAUUCCGUCGGCCAGCAAGGCAAGGAGACCGUAGACCGUUUGGCGAGCCAUGUAGGCCGGAAGAACCGUUGUGGCUAUCGUCUACUGAGGCCAGGAGGCAGCGCCCCCCAAAAAGGAAGGAAAUGAAAAAAAAAUGAGGGGGGGUACGACAGUGAUUCUACCCUCGCCCUUGCUUGCGUGGAUUCAGCCCUUCGACACGAAGAGGUUUUCACACUCUAGUCGCCGCAAGUCUUCUUCGUCGAUGGUGGCCCAUGUGGAGGAUGUGCGUACACACACGAUGUUCGACAACAUGCUGCCAUCCGCUAGCAGCAUGCUUGUGGGGAGAGGAGGUGGGCCAAAGGGUCCGUUGGUGCUAUUUUCCCGUCACAGAUGACGGAAAGCUUCGAUUCCUCCACACAUGUGUGGGGCAUUAUGUGUCAUGAAGGCGAGAGCGCGAGCAGGAAAGAGACCCAAAUGUCAAUCAAAUGGGGGUGGUGUGGGUCAGUUUGUAUAUUACGUUCGAGAGUCGGAGCUCGAAAAAUGUUUUUGUAGAUCUCUUUCCCUUGGUUGUAUACCUGGGCGUGCGAGAAUGUUUCUUCGUGCACCCUUUUUUUGGGGGGUAGUGGGUCUGUGACGAGGGAAGGCGAUGUGCCGGGAUACAACCAUUUGCGUCAUCAGUCCGGUGUUACCCCUUUCGGGGUACGGUGACGGGAAGUGACGUUGGUUGUGGCACGAGAUUGCACUAGCCUCGUGCUGGACGGUAUCAUUUCAUAUAGUGUUGUAUUAGUGGUUUUGUUGUCGAUGUCGGCUGGACAGUGUUGGUGCUGUGAUGAUAGACGUACGUGUGACGCGGCUCUUGCUUCUAUUUGGACUACUGUUAUCCUAGAUCUCAUUUGGAUUCAUUUCUACAGAGCGUUUCUUUUUAUGUGUCUCAGGUGUUCGCGUGGUUUGUUUAUGUCGACGUUUCCCGAGAACUUCUUGAGUUUUGUGUGGUGGAUGUUUGGUGUCGUGUAAGUAACCAUCGGAAGGGGAUGCCGAUGAUUAUGUUCAUGCACAUGGUUAUUACGCCCGGGCAGAACCUCCACUGCCUGUUAUUGCAUGUUUGAUCACCUCAGGUCGACGGAAGGCUGGCGCAGGGUGCGAGAAUCGACGUCGAAGAGGAUCUGGGUAGUCAUUGCAAUCAGGCCAGUGCUUCCCAAUCGCUUGCCGCGUGGGGGGCGCCGAGGAACUGCCGUGUGCUCGGGUCUUCGAUCAAUGUGACGACUGGAAAUGACCGUGCACGUUCAUCGCCAGAGCGCCAACACAACUAGACUAUUGGGCGGAGAAGAAAUGAUCUGUGCACUUGGCUUCUUGCUCAAGCGGAGUUUUUAAACAUGGCACGUAUUUGUGCAUGUACUUUUUCUCGGAUGCAUGUGCGGCGUCUGUGCUCACUUCUUUUGGUUUCACUCAGCCAUCAAUAUCGGCAGGUGGGAACAUGUUUGGCGGUUCCUCGUGAAUGUUAUUGGUCCUGCCGCUCACACGCCCAUUUCCCUUCAGAAAGCCGGUCAAGUUCCCCAGAGGGUUUUCCUCUGAAAGAUGUAAGAGAAUGUCAGAUUCUCGACAGGUGCCACCUACUGUGCAUGUACCACAUGAAGACUUGGAACUGUCUCAUUUUGAAGGCGAAACCCACGUGUUUCGUUUGGCCGACAUUUCGUGUCACGGGCAGUCAUCCCAUCGCUCCUCUUCGGCAAACAAACGUGGCACGGCCUCCACCAUGUUGUAUUUCUUUCCCGAGGUUAAGAUUCAUCGAUGCGACCUGCUGCACUACGUUUAUUGUGUGCCUAGGCUCGGGAACGUCUGAGUACCGACAAGGUGUCGCAAUGUAUUACGCUUCGCUAGGCGCGGCGCGGUCUGUGUGGAACAAGGUCUCCGGUAGGACACCAAACAAUCACAUCACCACCACCAUUUCACCAAGCCUGUUGCGCAUGAGUAUUGUACGCAGGGCUGUGUGUCAGCUUUGGCGUGGAAGGCUUUUCCCACCCAUCCGUAUUUUCACUUUCGGCGCCUCGUAUGAACAGAUUCUUACUGCUGCAGGACUUUCCUCAUGGCUACUUCGAACAAACUUGUUUCACUCUUCAUUUACAAAACUUGAGGAUGGAUCGAGGUAUUGAAGAGCGUGGGAACGCCGUUCAUUGUGUGGGGCAUGAAUUCAUUCCAUGAUAUGAGACACGGUCGACCAGGGAUUUUGAUGUUUUUGGAACGAAUCUUUGGCGACGAGUGCUGAACGCGAGCCCACAAGAUUAUGCCGGUAGGCCCUCGUUGGUGCUGGCACCAAGGUGAACGCAUGCCUCUGUCCGUAGAUGGGGUGGACGGGAAAAGUCAAUUAGGGAGGGGAAAAAAAGUGACUCACUUCUGAUAGUGAUACACACUAACACAUACUUACUGCGCUUUCCCCUCGCUGCCUCGGGAAGGUUUUGCGUAGGCAUGACCCGUAGCGAGGGGGGGGGUCUCUCUAGCGAGCAGGGCUAGCUAGACUCACCUUAGCGAGCAGGGCUAGCUAGACUCACCUUUAAGGGACCGAUACCUUCUUGCUGCGGCGCACCCGCCGCGAGGCGUGCGUAGUGGUGGAGUUGGGUCGGCACUGGUGCGUCAGGUGGCGACGAGCUGCUUGGGCUGGUUGACCCUUCGGCGCGAGAACUUUCAGACCGAGAACCCGAAGUGCAACGAGGGAGAAAGCGAGGAACCGACUGGGAAGGACAGCAGCGAGAGGUGUUCGAAGCGGAGCGGGUCGAGUUUGAUCGUGCUAGGACUGGCCACAGCGGCACCGGAGCAGCGACACCGGAGCAGCGGCACCGGAGCAGCGGAACCGGAGCAGGCGGACGGCAUCGAACCGUGGCGCACGGACAAACAUCU